UGUUGCUUUUAAAGAAAAAUCUAGAAUGUCGUGGGCUUUAAAGUUAUUUUUCUGCGCAUUAAACUUAAUUUUCAUAUCGAGCAGAGAUUUUUACGUGUGCGCUGAUAAAGUGAGUGUUGUGGAAUUGACCAGUUCGUGGACACUGCGCAAUCAAAAUGGCUCCAUAACAGCGUCUGCGCUCAAAAUCCCAAUAAGCGUUUAUUCCGCGCUGCGCACAACUUACGGUGACGUACUACAGUCGAAGAACGACGUGGAUUUGCGAUGGAUGUCUUACGACAAUUGGACCUUUACAAGGCAUUUCAAUGUCAAUCAAGAGGAGAUGGCCAAUGUGAAUGCAAUAAAUCUGACACUUCAUGGCAUUGACACUGUGGCCACGGUUCGGUUGAACAACAUCACCAUCGGCAAUACAAAAAAUAUGUUUAGGCGUUAUGAUUUCGAUGUUUUUCGUUAUUUAAAACAAGAAAAUAUUUUGGAAAUUGAAAUUCUAUCACCGGUGUGGGUAGCUCAAGCGAUAGCUCACACAGACUUAGAAUGGGGCUUGAAGGCACCACCUGAAUGUCCACCAGCCUCGUAUAGGGGCGAAUGUCACCGGAAUAUGCUGCGUAAGAUGCAAAUGAGUUUCGGUAGUGAGGUUGGUCCAGCAGUGCCCUCGAUGGGCAUAUGGAAGGCAGUUACUUUGGAAUACUAUGAAGUUGCAAUUUUACACUAUGUCGAUAUAGCUGUGGAACCCAAUACCACCCAUUGGAACAUGGAUGUGCAUGCGUUCUUCAAUACUCCUCUCACCCAUGACUUCUAUGGCAAUAUCACAUUGUUUGCACCGGAUCUUUUGGAAGAAAAUCCCUACGAAGUUGGGUUAACAGUGAUAAGCUAUCAGUCGCCAAAAGUAAAAUUUAUGGUGCCCGUGCCUAAGGAAUCGGUUAAACUAUGGUGGCCCAAUGGGUAUGGUGAAGCAAAUCUUUAUCCAAUAUUUGUCUCGGCCACAUGUUGGGCCACGUCGGAAGCACCACAAUUGCGGGCAAAAACUGUUUCACAACAAUUGGUGAAAAUCGGCUUCAGAACAGUCGAGCUGGUUGAGGAUCUAGAAGAGGGCCAAGGGCGCACUUUCUAUUUUAAAGUCAAUGAUGUACCCAUUUUCGCGAAGGGUGCAAUAUAUCUACCGUCGCAUAUAUUACCUGAAAACUACGACGAUGCGGAUAACCUGGAACACAUUUUACGUUCCGCAAGAGAUGCAAAUAUGAAUCUUAUACGUGUCUGGGGUGGUGGUCUUUACGAGUCAAAGUCAUUUUACGAUAUCGCCGACAAGUACGGCUUGAUGGUAUGGCAGGACAUGGCAUUUACAGGCGCUACCUAUCCUGUUGUGGAUGCUUUCCUUGAAUCGAUUCGUGUGGAAACAUCACAGAAUGCCAAAUAUCUUGCAUCUCAUCCAUCUUUGGUUUUAUUCGUGACAAACGAUGAGAUCGAGUUGUAUUUGGUGUCAAAUAAAGCAAGUUUUGGCACAGAGGAGCAAUAUAAGCGUUUGGAAAAUGAAUACAAACAACUAUUCCUUGGUACAAUAAAACCGGAAUUGAAUAUCAUAUCACGCAACUCGUUUGACCCUCGUCCCGGACCAAUGAUAUCGACGCCCUCGAAGGGUGUUGAGGAGAAUAGGAAAGAUUUACCGCUUGAUUUACAGAGCAUCAAUUAUGGUGAUGUGCACUUUUGGGGUGAGGAUCUCGACGCCCUCAAUCCCGAUAUAUAUCCACGUGCUCGCUUUAUCAGUGAAUAUGGUUUCCAGAGUCUGCCAGCCAUAAUUUCUUGGAAUCAGACAAUGUUAGAAAAUGAUUCACUUGUCGAACUAAUCAAGCACCGUCAACAUGAUCUGAAUGGCAUGGAGCCGAUGUUGAACUUGAUUGAAAGAUACAUACCAUUUCGGCCCUCAGAUUGGGAGUAUAAAAUUGACGAUUUGAUUUAUUUCAGUCAACUCAUGCAAGCUAUGGCGGCUAAAACAGCCACGGAUCUAUUUCGCAGCCAACGCGUGAAUUAUCGUACUAUGGGUGCGAUAUAUUGGCAUUUGAAUGAUGUUUGGGUGGCACCGACAUGGUCCAGCAUUGAUUACUAUGGCAACUAUAAGCUUUUAUAUUAUUGGUCCAAGGAAUUCUUCUCGCCUCUCGCCAUAAUUGCCUUGUAUGACGCAAGCAAUCGACGCAUCAAUAUAACAAUGAUCAGAGAUGAGUACAAAGAAUAUUCUGAUGCCCGCAAAUAUGUAGAAACAAUAAAUGUUUACUUCUGGGACAAGCUGUUGGCCAGGAAGACACUCACACGCGAUGAAGUUUUAGAGCUAAACUCUGUGCAGCAGCGGUCAGUGCCUUUGGACGACAUCAUAGCUACGCCAUUUACAGUUAAUAAUUCCUUUUUGGAAUUUUCGCUUUAUGAUGCAAAAGCAAAUCUGCUCGUAUCUACUUUUUUCUUACCGUCAAAUAUGAAAAGCAUUGAAGGCAUAACAGAUCCGAAAAUUACCGUUGAAAUCUCCUGGCGCUACUGCAAUGAGGACGCACUUUCAUUAAAGCGUCGUAUAGCCUACAGCUUGCUUGUGCGUGUGCAUGCGCCGGCACUUUUCGUUUUCAUUCAAAUCGUACAUCCGCAAAUAAAAAAGUACAAAUUAUCGCAUAACGGUUUCAUACAAGCAGAGCCCAUUAAAGUUGUGCACUUGGAUUAUGAACAUUCUUCGGAAUGUAUGACAAUCGAAAAUGAAAAUAUAAAAGUGCAAACAAUGAAUCAGUACCUAUUGGCCGAAGCUGAGAAAAAAGCGAAGAUGUCAGCGAUAAAUGCACGAAGACGACGCCGGCGGCGGAAAGUCGAAUUGUGACGUAUGGAAGUGGUAAAGGAAGUAAAUAAAGUCUGACAUUUAUAUGCAUGUACACACGUACCGAAGGAAAGUGGGAACAAUUGAUCUGCCCCCAUAAAGUUUUGAAAAACACCUAGUAGCUGUAGACUUCCAUGGGAAUCAGUUAGAGGCAAAUUGAUAAUUGAAGAGAUUACGAGGAAGAGUUGCUGACAAAAUGCAUUAAUUAAAAUAAUUAUAUUGGAACAUGUCCAUUUUUAACAAAAAAAAAAAAAAGAAAAUGAAAUUCUAUAUUAACUUUGGUCCGAAGUACGAGGGAGCGUUUCUGUGUUCGCGGAAUGAGAAGGUCGUGAGAGGUGAUAAAGCUCAUUGCGAUCUUCCGUGACUCAUGAUCUGUACAAAUACGAGAUUUCGUUGUUUAUAGACAAUUAGCCUUUGAGCUAUCGCCAAGCAGGCAACAGAAUCAAGAUUAAAAAAUAUGGAAAAAUCGAAUAUCCUACCGUUAUAAAGUUCCAAGCAAGGAAAAUAAGUUUCGACCACGAUGAAUGAGAUAUCAUUGUUUGAACCGACUCUUGUUCGGGAAAAUCAUAAUUCACGAGUGGCACAGUUUAUUUAAACGGGGAAGGGGAUCCCUUGAAGACGACCCUAGGCCGGCCAACACCAUCGAGGUGAGUAUGCUAGAACUCAAAAAGUUUAGAAAUUCUCCUCGAUAAUGAUCGACUAGAGAAAAAACAACUCGGCGAAAUGGCUUGAAUACUGGAUAUAACAAUUUUUGAAAUCCUACACGAUCAGUUUGGCAUAACGAAGGUCAGCUUUAGUGUUCAGGUGCAUUUUAUGGAUUUUGUAAUGACAAGAGGAAUUGUUACUGAAGAUGAAACUUAUAUUUAUCAUAACGAUCCUGUGUUGAAAUAAGAUGAUAAGUAGGACUAUUAUUCGUAAGUUAUAAAAAUAAGGGUGCACUCCAAUAUUACGGCGACUAAAGAAGCCAUUAAAGGGAAAAUUUACAAAAGGUGUGCUCUAUUUUCGCGACAACGUGUCUUGGCAUUAGCGGCCUUGCAUAGGCAGAGCUUCGAUAUUUUGAAUCACACACACUGCAGCCUAGACCUGGCCUGUUUCCGAAAAUUAAAAGUGAGUUCAGUGGUAAAAAAGUUUAUUACUGAUGAUAAAGUAUGUCCCUUGACUCGGCCUAUUUUCACGAUGAACUGUUUUUUUUUUUUGUGCGAACUGUCAUUUGCAAAACUGCUGUUCGAGUCCGAUGCAGCUAACAUUCAAAAAUAAUAGAAAUUUAAAAAAAAUUAAUUUAAUUCCUACGGAGAUGGCUUAGGCUAAAGUUCUAGAUACACAAUGGACCAAAUUUCUAUCUACGAAUAGUAGCCGAAUCGUAACGAAAUUCACUUAUUUCUGAGCGGAUGGUGACUGGUGAUGAAAGCGGCAAGAAAUCAACUUUGGCCAACAGGUGGGGAGUUUAGUUUCAUCAGGACAAUGCAAGACCAAACACAUCGAGCCCAGUUGGGAGGUUCUUAUGCGUACACCUUACAGUGCGGACCGCGCUCCAAGAGAGUACCAUCUUUUCCUUUACGUGGCGAAUGAUUUGUCGAGUGAAGAAUCGGCCUCAAGAGAAGCAAGUGAAAAUCGAUUAUCUUAAUUUUUUCCUAAUAGAAACAAGCAGCAGGGUUCUAUGAGAGAGACAUAGUGGCAUUACCUUCAAAAUGUCAAAAAAGAUAUCGAGCAUCGAGUGGUGCAGAUUUGACAUAAAUCCCAUAGAGCUUCUGCGAAGAUUACUAGAACUUAAAUAAAUACAUAAUUAAAUUGAUAGCAUUCCGCGAACAUAAAAAUGCUCCCUCGGAUGUACAUAUCUACCAGAAGGAGAUAAGAAAGAGACCCAAAAUUUAUAACGAUCGGAUCACAAUGACGAGCUGAGUUGAUCGGAAGUAUAUAUGCCUUAGCGUGCCUACAACAGAUUUGUUCAGACGUGAGGAUUUGGAUAAAAAAUUACGGCAAGAAAGCAACUAAGCACGAAGCAUAGCCGAAGACAAUUUUUCUCUCUUGUUUCUUUUCGGAAAAAUUACCAGUUUGGCAUAUGUUAUUAUUUAUACACUGUCGGCUUUCUUUUUUAAACAAUUCAGG